CUCCCCUCCCGCCGCCCGCAGGAGAACCGCAGCCUCACCAUCAAGCUGCGCAAGCGGAAGCCGGACAAGAAGGUGGAGUGGUCCAGCGACACGGUGGACAACGAGCAUCUCGGGCGCCGCUCCUCCAAAUGCUGCUGCAUCUAUGAGAAGCCACGAGCCUUUGGCGAGAGCUCGACAGAGAGUGAGGACGAGGACGAUGAGGGCUGUGGCAACGCCCACUGCAUCCGAGGCCACAAGAAGGGCCAGGGUGGGCGAGCAGGCGGGGGAGGAGGCAGCGGCAGCCCCCGCAAGGCUGAGCCACCGGACCACAGCCAUGAUGGAGCCAUGGAGCACUGAGCCACCCCCUCCUCCUGCCCCUCAGGGGACCUCACCCCCUCCCCUCCCCUCCCUCCCCCGCAGAUGGACUGAUGGGGGCCAGAGCAGGGGACGCACGUGUUUCCGUCUGUCUGUGUGCCUCGUGGCCACGUGAGCUGCUGUUCUUGUCCGUCUGUUCGUCUUCGUGUGUGGCCAGUGAGUCCGUCUCGUGUCCUGGUAUGGAAUGUACUGAGCAACGGGGCUGGACGUGUCCCACCCCCACUUGGCUGAUUUCUCUCCGCUUCUCUAUUAAACCUUUGUAUCAGUGA